UACAAUAAUUCAAGGAAAUUUUCAAGUAAUAGAUGCAAUAGAAUCUAAAUUUCAGUUUGAUAACUGGAAAUCAUUAGUUGGAAUUUAUGAACAUGCAGUUAUUUGUAGAACAAAUAUAAGA